AUGUCAAAAAACGAUAAAGCGAUAUUGGAAAGACGCCUUAGGCCUAUUUAUGAUGCGAUAGACUCGGACAAUUUUAAGAAGGCUAUACAGGAGGCCGAAAAAAUACUGAAGAAACAUCCCACUACUAUAUGUGCGAAGAUACUAAAAGCAUUUGCUCUUAUUAAAAGUGAACGCCUCACUGAAGGAUUUGCCAUAUUAGAUACCUACGAUGUUGAAGGAGCCAACCACAAUGAGACGACACUGCAAGCGUUCGUUCACUGCUACAAAGAAGCUGCUCUACCUAUACGUAUUUGUAGAUUAUACGAAAGAGCUUCAGCAGUAAAUCCCACUGAGCACAAUUUGUCACAGUUGUUCAUGGCCCACGUUCGCGUGAAAAACUACAAAACCCAACAGCAAGUGGCUAUGAGACUUUUCAAAGAUUUCAACAGUGGACCAUACUUAUGUUGGGCCGUAAUGAGUGUUGUUAUGCAGUCGUACCAUGCCGAACCUUGUCUUGGCAAGAAGAUGUUUUUCCCCUUGGCUGAGAAAAUGAUAAGCCAAUUCAUAGAAAAGAAUGGGUAUCAAUCAUCUGCAUCUCUCGAACUCCACUGUCUCAUAUUAGAAGGUCUUGAAAAACAUAAGGAAGCUGAGCAGCUUCUUCGCUCGGAUGUAGGUGCAAAAUUUUCCAACAGCCCUCCAAACCUCACCAUCAUCCGCAGAUUACGUUUAUUAGUUGCCGAUAAAAAUUUCCUGAUGGUCAUUGAGAGAACGGUAGAAGCUUUGAAAGAGAAUAAUGACGAUUGGACUCUUUGGACUAUUUUGUUCGAUUCUGUCUUCCAAGUUCUGGUUUUAGAUUUACCUGAACCCAAGAAAAAACAAGCACUAGAUGAUAUGGUUCAUGCCGUCAUUUCCCACUGUUCCUUGGGAAGCCGAAACAGAGGACCUUAUAUGGCUAGAUUAGAAUUAUUAGGCAGAUUAUUAGAUUGUAAUGAAUCCUUGCGAGUUGCGAUUGGUGCUCGAUUGGGCGAGGCUUAUGAUUUGAUGUUAGCUUACUUCCGUAGAUUCUAUUCCAAGCCUUGUUGCUUUUCCGACUUGCAGAUUUAUCUGAGACUACUCGACAAAGAAAAGCUGAUGAAGUUCUGUGACGAGGUGAUGGAUAUUGUGAACCAGAUGAAUCUCAAACUGGAAGCUACCACCACUGCUUAUCUUUUCACCAUAAAGUUACAAAUGAAACUUGGAAUAGUUCAAGGAAUGACCCGAGAAGAUAGACGAAAGCUAUGCCAAACAAUUAUUCUCAAGGUUGAAAACUUAAGCAACUCGAAAAUGAGUUCUGAAGCUGCUUGUUCUAUUGCGGAUUUGGCUCAACUAGUGGGUCAAAUUCUAUGGAGUGAUUGGAGAAUCUCCAAUGAUUGGCAAGCUUUCUAUGAAAUGCUCCUCUUGCUUGAGUUCCUAGCUUCCCGAUUUAGUUCUGAUCCUUACUCCAAGCUCAUUCUUUGUAGAGCUUAUGCCCAUAUCGGAAAUCUUCUUCGAAUCGUCGCACUUACUUCUGCAUUAGACAUCAAGUCUGUACAGAAAGAUACCCUAGGUCAUUUAAUUUUCCCGGUCUAUACUCUCUGCGGAAGAUUCAAUCAUUCUAUCGUCCAUUACACCGAGUUGACAAACAUGUACACUCAGGCGGAAAGAGAGAUCAAUGAAUGCCUUGUCGGUGCAUAUAAAAACGGAACAUUCUUGCAAAUCAGAGGAUUAGUAGAACUUGACGAAAGGAUGAAGCAUUCAUCUUUGGCUUAUGGUGGUGAUAUCACUAAUCGUUACAUCUCCGGAUUAUUCGUUAUGACUGAUCUCAAGGAAGUUGUUAACGCCUUACUUGGUGAUGAUGAUCCUAUCUGCUGGGGAUCCAUCAAAGACAAUAGAGAUAUCGAUGUUAUCCCUACAUAUGAUCCCGAGCAAAACUUCAAAGAGAUUAACGAUCAUAAAAUGAUCAGUCACGUUGAAUUCGUUGCUCACAUUAAGCUUCGUCAUUUGCUAUGUCUAUCUAUUGGUGCUCUGGGAAAAGAUAGUUUCACGAGUGCCGAUAUCGUCAAAACGGCAGAACGACUGGACGAGUUCUUAACCGAAUGUAAGCUACGAUACCCAGAAAACGAUCAUGUGUGUCGAAUCUUCCAAUCUGCUGCCCCUGUUCGGUUAGAACUUCAUCUAUAUAGUCCAAGUUUCAAUCUAUUACUCGAUAUUCUUCAAAUGGGAAAUGAAGUAGUGAAAGCUAAAUGUGAUGAAAAGAACCCCCUACCAGCAUUGACUCUUACAGGAGAAGAAUUCUACGAAAAGUUGAUGGCUAUCUUACCCCCAUUGAACCAACCCAGCGGUCCAUUCGAAUUCCAUGAAAACAUAUAUCAACUGUCUCUAGUCGUACAGAUUGUAUCGAUGAUGCAAAUUAUUUUGACAAUAAUUUCGCGGAGAGACAAUGCCAAAGACAAAGCUGUUUUCACCCAACGGUGUCAGAAUCUAUUAGAUUCUAUCAACUCUUACUCCAAAGUGUUGGCAACUAGAGUUUGUGAUUAUAAGAAACAAUUGGAAACUAUCUCGGACGUUCUUUUCCCACGUAUCGGUGACGAUUGGGACCCGAAAGUUCUAAGUGUGCUGCAAACCCAUGAACCGAUGGUACGUGAUCGUUGCCUCAAGUCGUAUGAAGCAUCCCUAGAAGAUUUAAGAGUCUUCUCAUUGAGAAUGAAAGAAAGAUCCUGGACAUAA